GCCCGCAUCCCGCAUCCAAAAAAGCCCACCACCGCCGACCGCUUUCGCUGACUUUUGCCCCUCACAACAACAGAACACUGCAUUUGCGCUUCGGCGAUCGACCAUCUUCUAGAUACCCCCAACCACAAACCACAUUCAAAAUGGCUCUUAAGCGCAUUAACAAGGAGCUCACUGAUCUCGGCCGUGACCCGCCCUCUUCCUGCUCUGCCGGCCCUGUCGGCGAAGAUCUGUUCCACUGGCAAGCGACGAUUAUGGGACCUGGCGACUCUCCCUACUCUGGCGGUGUCUUCUUCCUCGCCAUCCACUUCCCUACCGACUACCCCUUCAAGCCUCCCAAAGUCAACUUCACCACUCGCAUCUACCACCCCAACAUCAACUCCAACGGCAGCAUCUGCUUAGAUAUUCUGCGUGACCAGUGGAGUCCGGCGUUGACCAUCUCCAAGGUCCUGCUGUCCAUCUGCUCAAUGCUGACGGACCCCAACCCCGACGACCCUCUUGUGCCCGAGAUUGCACACGUCUACAAGACGGACCGCGCCAGAUACGAGGCCACUGCUCGCGAGUGGACUCGCAAGUACGCUAUUUAGAUGGGGCUCGAGGCAUGAUGGUUGGACGAGUAUGACAGGCGACGGCUUUCCCCUAUCUCUCUUCGACAGCUCUGGCGUACGCUUAGGUCAAGGUCAUUGCUCUGCGUUGCGGUUUGGGGUCUCUGUCGUUUCACCGGCACACAGAAGACAGUUCGGCCGUCAAAACAAAACCCUUGACGGCGGAUUGGCAUUCUC